AUGUGUGAGGAAGGAGCGGCCAAGCUGCGCCUGAAGCCCCGGACGGCGCCGCCCGCCCGCGGCCCGGAGCGCAGCCCCGGCCCCGAGCCCCCGCCGCGGCCCCCGCCACCGACUGACAGAUGUUCCUGGUUUGAAAAGGAAGAAUUAAAUGAGUGUGAGAAAACCUGGCUUUUGCUACUGAAAGACUUCAGUCAAGAUUCCCACUGCACAAACUGGGACACAGUGCCCAGCUUUCCGGAGUUCUUGGAAGAGAAACAACAGGAAAAGAGCCCAGAACACCAGGAAGUCUUUACAGUGGGAAUAAAAGACUUUCAGUGGGUAUCAUUCCCAUCUUUUCACAAAGAAUGUGUGAACCUCAAGGAUCUGAGCUCCCAGCAGCCAACACAAAGCCAGAGCAAUGAAUUGCAGAAAGGCCAAGCAGAUAAACUGAAAAGUUUAUCAUCCACAGCUGAGAAAACCUGCAGGGGAGCCAGUACAGAUGAAGCCAGAAGUGCAUCUGGGGCAGACACAAAAGGUGUUUCAGAGCUGGAUGUGAGACCCAAGUCCUGUAAAGUCCCUGGGCAGGGCAGCCCAGCACAGCCCUCAGCCUGGAUUUCACAAAGCCCUGCAGAGACUUGGAGCCCUCAGCAGCAGCACAGAGGGGCUGCACAGAACAGCAGGGCAGACAGGAGAGAAAAGGGGGAGGAAAAGCCUCAAAUCCAAACAGAUCAGGGGGAUGUUCCAGCAGGGGAGGCCACGGGGGUGCCUGUGGAGAAGCCUCAGCUGGGGAGAGCUCCUGGGGCUGAGAGCCACAAGGAGGAGAUGGAAAAGCAGAGUGAAGCAGCUUCAGCUCUUGACAGUUGUCCAAUGUGUCUGAUGCAGUUUAGUGGAAGACUCUCCCAGCUGGACAUGGAUGCCCACCUUGCCAGGUGCUUGUCUGAAAGUGCAGAUGAUGUCAUGUGGUAAAUCCACAGGAAUGGAGAGGAGAGCAAAGGAACACGGCCAAGGAUGGAGCUUUCUCAAAGGGAAAGAAAAAACGUGUCAAGGAAGCACAGCUUUGUCUCUGACUUAAACCAGUAACUCAGUAGAAGGAUAAGUGCUACUUGCCUAUUUGUUUGUUUUUUUAGUCUCUCAAAUGCACAUAAAGUAGUUCUAAUUCUGUCCCAGAGACAUCCCAGGGAAAUCAGGCUGGGUACUCCUGAAAAAAAUCCCUGGAGCUUUGUCUGUACCACAGUUCUGAAUGUCUCAGGACAGAAGAAGGCAGCUGAGCAAAAGACAACUGUUACUUACUCUAAUCCAAAAGUUUACUGUUGUGGGUUUUUUUCUAAACAGAUAAUCUAUGUAAAUAAACUCAGUUAAAAAGUAA